CAAGUGGCGAGUGGGCUCAGGUGUGUGUCCUCAUGUCAAAACAUAGUUUAGGAUUAAAUCACGGGCCCGAUGAAAACAGCCACGGCGAAGUGGAGUUUGGUGUAGGCUAUAUCCAAGGCAACUCGAAAUAAAAGAACAUCUGCUAUGGCUCACAGAAUGGGCCAUAAGAGAACUGGGAGCAUCGAGCUGCUGGAGGUGUUUGGGGUGGUCAACGAGAAGGGCAGUCAGAAUCUUCUUCCCCCAGUGCACGACCCUCUGACUUAUGAUUAUGUGUUGGUGGCUAACAACUUGGGUGACAGCAACAGUGAGACCUUCAGGAAACAGGUGGCUUUCGUGAAUGCACUAAAGGAAAAGAAGCUGAAGAUAAUUAAAAUGGCAGGUGUUGUAGGUGAUGACAAAGUGUUCUAUGGGAUUAAAGCAGACAAUACGAUCUUUAAGAAGUACAGAAAACUAUUGAAGUUAUCUGACGCCUGUAACUGGAGUUAUGAACAGCAGGGGAAUGUCCCACUUUCCACAAGGAUAAGGAUUGUGAACUACAUCCUGAACAAUACCUAUAUUAGUGACCCAAGAGAAUACUUGCAAGACCUGAUCAAGAAGAAUGUAUUUGAGGCUGAGUUCUGCUUGCAUGAGAAAAAGGAGCAGAAGGCUCUGAUAAAAAGCUGGGCACGAUGGACUGCUUGUUUCCAAGGGCAACCAAUUACCAAUGUCAGGAACUACUUUGGUGAGAAGGUGGCUCUGUAUUACCUGUGGCUGGGUUGGUAUACCUUUCUGCUGAUACCUGCAGCUAUCCUUGGGAUUAUUGUGUUCCUCUAUGGAGUGGCCUUCUACCAGAGCAGCCCCUUAAUAAAGGAGGUGUGUGAAUCCAAAAUAGUCAUGUGCCCACUGUGUGACAAGACGUGCAAAGUGUGGAAGCUUUCAGACACAUGUACCUAUGCAAAGAUGAAUCUUCUCUUUGAUAACGAGGGUACAGUGGCAUUCGCCAUGUUCAUGGCUGUGUGGGCCACAGUUUUCCUGGAGUUCUGGAAGAGACACAGAGCCGCUUACGUGUGUGAAUGGAAGGUGUUUGACUGGUCAGAGGAAGUGGAGGAACUGAUUCUGGAGAUUGUAAACAACCCUGAGUGUGAACCCAAGCAGUACAAACACUCCUACCUGCGUAGUGUCCUAGUAAUGGUGUUUGUCACCCUUAUGAUGGUGCUGAUCAUUGGUCUGGCCCAUGCCCUGGUUGUGUUCAGAGUGAUAGCUGCAGUUCAGCUGACAGAGUACCUGGGCGAUAACGCCAGCAUUGCAGCUCUCAUGAUGGGAGCCGUACUACACUACUUCACCAUCACCAUCAUGACACGGGUCAACCGGUUAGUGGCCAUCAAGCUGUGUGACAUUGAGCGGGUACGUACUCAUGCUGGCAGGGAAAGCAGCUUCACAGUGAAGAUGUUCACCUUCCAGUUCUUCACCCUCUUCUCCUCCCUCAUUUACACGGCCUUCUUCCUGGGCAGGAUAAAUGGCCAUCCGGGAGCCUACGUUAGGAUAGAGGGUAAAUGGAGGCUGGAGGAGUGUCACCCAGGAGGCUGUCUGACUGACCUGUUUAUUCAGAUGGCCAUCAUCAUGAUCCUGAAGCAGAGCAUCAACAAUGUGUUUGAGUUUGCUGGGCCCUGGUUCACUCGCUGGUUCAAGCGGAGGAAGUUGCAACGGCAGAAGUGGAAGUGUGCAAACUGCUAUAUUAAGGAAAACCAGGAGUCCAAGCCGGGUAUAGAGCUUUGUGACAACUGCAAGCUGCAGGACGUGCAACGCAACUACCAGCUCAACAAAGUGGACUCCUUCAGCCUCUUCAAUGAGUUCCUGGAGAUGGUAAUCCAGUUCAGCUUCACCACCAUCUUUGUGGCAGCCUUCCCUCUGGCUCCUUUCCUCGCGCUUCUUAACAACAUCAUCGAGAUCCGGCUGGACGCCAUCAAGAUGGUGAGCCUGGAGCGCCGCCUAGUGCCAGAGAAGACUAACAACAUCGGUGUGUGGACUGGUGUGUUGGAAGCAGUGGGAGUGUUUGCAGUCAUUGCUAACGGGCUGGUGAUUGGUAUUUCGUCUGACUUCAUCCCUCGACUGGUGUAUCGGUAUUACUACGGGCCGUGCUACAACUCUACUGCGCCAGACGUCAACUGUAUGGCUGGCUACAUCAACAAUACACUGUCCAUAGUGCAGGUGAAUGACACACGGGUCAUCCAUGAUUUCCUUCCUAAUCAGCUAAUGAUAGAUAAUGACACGAGUGUGACUCAUUGCAGCUACAAAGACUACCGCAGCAGUGAGGACUACAGCCUAACCCCACAGUUUUGGCUCAUCUUAGCUACGAGACUGGCCUUUGUCAUACUGUUUGAGCAUGUAGUGGUGAUUUCUAUGUUCAUUGCUGCCUGGUUUGUUCCAAGUUCAUCGCUUCAGGUGAAAAACAUCAGACUCGAGGAAAGGCUGAAGAGACUGAAGGAAGAGUUCACUUGUGAGACGAAUUGUAAUGGCUUUGUUGAUUGUUAGUCAGCCCCACAUAAGUCAUUCAUCUUCUAAGAGGGUUGUAAAUGAUCGGUGAAAUGGUCUGAAUUUAGCCGUUUUCCUGAGAUGGCAGUUUUUAGUUUUUUUUUAAGGCAAAGUUUCAAGUAUGUCUUGUCUCUGUGAGGAGCUUACAGCCAACACCUGUGCCCCAUUUCUACUUCAGUACUAUAGCUGACUUGUAGUGUGGUGGACUUCAAUUUUCUUUACUGCCCAGUGUUAAAGCUGUAGCUAUAUUCCUAAAAUAGUUUUUAUUUUUCAUGAUAAAUAUUGAUGCACAAGGACACCUGUGAUCUUGAUUAUUUCAUGCAGACUGUCAUGCUUAGAGUCCAUUCAGUAAACAUUUUGGGUUUACCUUCACUUGUACCAUAUUCCCACACGACUCUGACAUGUGUCUUGUCCUCAAUGAACUUUUGAACUCCUGGUGUCUUGACAAGCGAAUAAGUCUGUUAUGUCCAUACUCAAGAAAACUGAAGAAGAAAAUGAAGUGGCAGCACUAAAUCAAAUGACAGGGAGGUAGAUACAACUCAAGGCAAAAUACCUAACCUAUCCUACUUUUACUAACAGGGCUGGAAUCAGGACCUGAAGGAAGUGAUUAAAGAAAAGAAAAGAUAACUGAGAAUUGGACAAUAUCAGCUCACCCAUUGUGACAAUUUGAGUUAUCUGCCUGGUCAGGUCAGCCUGGUCUGAAGCUACACCUCGGCUGCAAUGUUUUGAGGAACAGUUUAACUGUUCAACAACCCGACCUCUGUGAACCCCUCUGUACUGCAACUGUUUUAUCUGUUUAAUAAUGAUUCAGCAUCACUGUAACAUUGUAAUGAAGUUUUAAUGAACACUGCCCUUCACCGGGGAUUUAUACAAUGACACUGUUUUAUAUUGUAAAUAGUUGUUUAUAGGCUUUAUAGGCUUUGCACAUGAUGCAAUGUGUUGUGUGUGCAAUAUGUUGCAAAUAGCCUAUUGAUACCAUUUCGGGGAAAUUAAAGAAUUAC